CUAGGACUAUUAACGCUCAUGUGCAAAUCCAAUUCCCGUGUCAGCAGCCAUGUGAUUGAGGCCGCGGUGGUUCAAGCAGGCUGACCGCAGGGCUCGAAUAAUUCAAAAUUGAAGCCAGGCAGUGGUUUGUCAAAUUCAUUGACUCCUGGUUGCGUUGUGCUCCAUGUUGACUGCCCGUGCACAUCAUGCAUGUGUGUUGGUCCUCAUCUUAUCUGUGUUGGUGAUCGUCUUGGCGCUAUUCCGUGAGUCUUCAUUGGAAUUGAAUCCAACGCGCCAGAAAGAUAAGAUAGGAUUGGAUGACAGCGAUGUCAAGAUGGGUGAAUCUAGUGAAGGGCCACAACCAUCUAUAUUGGGCCAUGCCAUCAAGAGUUUCGGAUCUGUAGCAGAGAAGCUUGUAAGUCUUCAGUCCGGACCUGAGUCACUGGCGGAACAGGUGGUCAUCCCAGGCGCAGACUUCAAUAAGGAGAUCAACGAGGUCCUCAUGAUGUUCUGGCCUCACCUUAGCAGGAUGAUGGAGGACAUGUUGCAGAGCACUUUGCUACCGAAGCUGCAUGAGUAUCGAAUGCUAUCGAGCCUGAAAUUCAAGUCUCUAGAUCUUCAAAGUGACCAGCCAGCUGUUCAAAUUUUGGAGGUGCGAAAAAGUGGUGGUAGAGAUUUCAGGAUGACGCUCAAGGCCGAGCAUAACCUGACAAAGCGCAUCGACAUGGGCCUAGGCAUUGUUAGCUUUGGAGUUGUGAACGCUCGCGUGAGUGCCGAAGUAGUGGUUCGUUUCGACCAUCUUCUGGAUAGGAUACCCCUCGUUGGUGGCAUCGCCCUUCAGCUGGCUGAUUUACCCACUAUCGAUUAUGAGCUGAGCGGAUUGGCUGCACUCGUUGGUUUUCCAGGGAUCAAGGGAAUGAUUGCAGAUGCGAUCGACUCUGUGAUUGAGGAGCAGCUCAUGGGGCCCAACCGGUUUGCAUAUUCAUGGAGUGAGAGUGUGGAUAUCGAAAAGCUUAGACACCCGCCACCUGCAGGCGUGCUCCGUGUAGUUGCUGGCGACGGCACAAACGUAGCCAGUGCCCUCAGUUUGCGAUCCCAGCGCCACGGCAGCAACCCCGACAUGACUGAAGUUGAAGUCCAUCUCGGCAGCCAACGAGGCCUGCUAUCGCUGCGCAACGUGUCUGCAACCUUCAUGGUUUGGGAUGAAGGGCAGCGUGUCGGCGCAACUGUGUGGGACAAAAGUCCGCCCAUUAUUGUGCCAGGCUUCUUCCCAGAAGAUGCUCCAGAAAAGCAUGAGGUGGGAGGCCGCGUGGGCAUUAUACCGCGCAUUCCAGUUCGAGAAGCCCUAAAAGUUCGGCGGCAAGAUUUCCCUCUCGUGGAAGAUGAGGGUCAGAGCGCAUCGGGGGAUUUGGAAGAUUGGUUGUUUGCUGAACCAGCGGAUGUCGCAGGGCACUUGACGCUUGCUUUUGAAAUGCUUGCUAUCGUGCCUGCUCGUUCCGGUGAUUUUUUUAUUCUGAAGUGCCAUGUUGGUAAGAUAAUGUUGCCGUACGGUAUGGCUUCGCAAUCUGCGAAAGUGAUCGUGAAGGUUGGCAGCAGUGAGGCAAUGACUGCCACAGGCUCUCCAAGCCUACAGCAGAGCUCGGUCGUAGCUGAAGAGCUGCAAAGCGUCAUCUUCAAUAUGGCAGAGAAGAAGAUGUCCACAUCAGACAUCGCCGAUAUUCUCCAGAUCGGUGCUGACGUAGUCGACAGAGUUCUGCGAGGUGAGUCGUCUCGGGAUCUGCACCCGAGUCACGUCGAAGUCACGUUCGACUCUGUUCUAUACUUGCCAGUGCCAAUAGCGGUGUGGGAGCACCGGGGCUCAAUGGUAGACAUUGCUGUCGUGCCCCCUGGGCAGAGGGCCCCGCCGAUCGCGUCCCUGAGUCGUGAGGUUAAGAGUCUGGACUUUGGCGAUUCGCAGCCUCACAAGAUGACCAUGGGCAAGGUUCAGUGCACCGUGAGCGGGUACAAGUACACACCGCUCGACAUGGGGGGCCAGGGCCGCUCGAACGAGCCAACCCCCGUUGACUGUCAGCGCAGGUGUGCACGCACCCCUGGCUGCGCCCACUUCUCGCAUUGGCCUGCCGAUGGCGCCUGCCAUCUCCAGGAUUCUGACGCGAGUCCAGCACAGGAUCGGGGCGCCACCUCUGGGCCUCCCAAAUGCCAUGGUCAGGACGCAUACGUGGGGCUCUCGCUCCUGGGGACCAGAGCGAAGUGACCCAUAGCCGAGGCCUCUCUGCUCGGAGUUUUAAACAUGUUGCUUGGAUAAACUAUUGCUGCCGCGGCCUA